UUUACAGAUGUUUUGAUAGUCUGAUGUCAUUUGUAAUUUAUAAUUGAGUUACGUGGCUGUGGACAUUGUCUUGCAGCAGAACAGAAGUGUUAAAAUCAUGAACAUAAUUACCAAGAAGAAAAAGUACAAGUUCCAAGUGGAUUUGGUGGUGGAGGAGCUGACAGCGGUGCCGUUCGUCAGCGCUGUGCUCUUCUGCAAGGUGCACCUGCUGGAGGGCGGCCGGUUCGAGGAGUUUUCAUCCAGGGAGGAGGUGCGGGACCACACCGUCACCUGGAACGCGCGGAUGUCGUUCAGCGCCAAGAUGACGGCGCCGUGUACCACAGGCGUGCUGGACCCGUGCCUGUGCCGCAUCUCUGUCAGGAAGGAGACGAAGGGCGGCCGGUCGUACCAGAAGCUGGGGUUCGCUACCAUUAACCUGGCAGAGUUCGCCGGCGGCGGCCAGUGUCGCCGGUACCUGCUCGAGGAGCAUGACCUGCGACACCGGCAGGACAACAGCAUGCUCAAGGUGGUGCUGUCCACCACGCUGCUCAGCGGCGACCCCUGCUUCCGCGCGCCGGUGCCCCGCUCGGCUGGCCACGCUGCCGAGUCCACGGACCCGCCGGGCGGUGGCCCGCCAAUGGCAGCCGUCCAGACGGCCCUCCCCGGCACCGGCGGACUGCAGCUCAAGGAUCUGACGCGCGUCAGGGGUGAGAACUCCUCCGACCCUUGUGAGCACGGCCUGCCGCCGCCGGCUGGCUCCGAGGACCCGUCUGAGCCGCAGGGCCACUCGAGGAACUCGAGUAGCCAGUCGGCGGGCUACGGCAGUCUGCAGUCGCAGGGCCACUCGGAGCCCUCGCAGCCGACGCACAGCCGGCACAGCAGCAGCUCAGAGUCGGGGCACCUCAGAACGGCGAGCAGCGGCUCGGGUCUGUCCGACUACAACUCGAUGGAGCGGGCGGCGGCCGGCGGCGGCGAGAAGCGCAAAAAGGACUCGGCGUCCGGCUCGCGGUUCGACGCGACGCGUGUCGACGCCGAGACGUGA